CCCCGGCCCUAAGCCUCUCACGGUUCGGGUUCUCCCUCACACACUGAACACCAUGGCGGCGGCGGCGGCGGCUCCGGCUCUAUCCUUGGCCGAGGCGGCGCCGGUGACAGCAGUUCUGGCACCGUGUCCCACGCCCUCGAGGACGUUCCGCCGCCGCAGCUGGGUCGCGGCUAUCUGCCGGCCCGCCCUGAAAUGCCACCACAGUCGUCCCCUGACCGCCGUGGUCGCCGCGGCUGCGGCUGCCGCUGCGGCGGGGGACUCGACGUCGGCCGGCGUAUUCCACGGCGAGUGCUUCGUCGUGGGGGAUAACAUCGACACCGACCAGAUCAUCCCGGCCGAGCACCUGACCCUGGUCCCGUCCAAGCCCGACGAGUACCGCAAGCUCGGCUCGUUCGCCUUCGUCGGCCUCCCCACCGCGGCCUACCCGACGCCGUUCGUCGCCCCCGGCGAGGAGACCACCCGCUACGCCGUCAUCAUCGGCGGCGCCAACUUCGGCUGCGGCUCCUCCCGCGAGCACGCGCCCGUCGCCCUGGGCGCCGCCGGCGCCCGCGCCGUCGUGGCCGAGGGCUACGCGCGCAUCUUCUUCCGCAACUCCGUGGCCACCGGUGAGGUCUACCCGUUGGAGCUAGCGGACACUGGAGCCUGGAAGGAGUGCAAGACCGGGGAUGUGGUCACGGUGGAACUUGAUAAUUGCGUCAUGAUCAACCACACAUCCGGCAAGCAGUACAAGCUGAAGCCUAUCGGCGAUGCCGGGCCGGUUAUUGAGGCAGGCGGGAUCUUUGCCUAUGCCCGGAAGACCGGAAUGAUCGCAUCCAAGUCUGCGUGAGGGAAAGGCGAGUUUGGUCUGCUGUCAAGAUAGUCGAGGCCUCUGCAGAUAGCAAGUAAGACUGGGUUGUGGAUUUGAACCUAUUGCACCUCUAUGCGAUUGUCCAUCAGUUGUACUGCUGUUUUUACCUAGGUUGUGUGUCAUCAGUGGUGUUUUUGGAAUAAGUUAAAAGUUACAGAGUACUGAACUAUGAUGUAUUAGUCCAUGUGAUCUUAUGUAACACCUUAUGUAAUACACUCGUUUAUACCUGCCGAUUUGCCUAUCUCGUUUCGAUAAUAUUGUUUCUUAUACCAAAGAAAUUAUCAUUAUAUAAUGGCAAUUCA